AGAUCUACAAUGAGAUGAUCCGGGACCUGCUGAACCCUUCCCUGGGGUACCUGGAGCUGAGGGAAGACUCCAAGGGAGUGAUCCAGGUGGCUGGACUCACUGAGGUCUCCACCAUCAAUGCCAAAGAGAUCAUGCAGCUGCUGAUGAGAGGGAACCGGCAGAGGACCCAGGAGCCCACGGCCGCCAACCAGACGUCCUCGCGCUCCCACGCCGUGCUCCAGGUGACCGUGCGCCAGCGCGGCCGGGUCAGGGACGUCCUGCAGGAGGUGCGGCAGGGCCGCCUCUUCAUGAUCGACCUGGCUGGCUCUGAGCGGGCCUCCCAGACGCAGAACCGUGGGCAGCGCAUGAAAGAGGGGGCCCACAUCAACCGCUCGCUGCUGGCCCUGGGCAACUGCAUCAAUGCGCUGAGUGACAAGGGCGCCAACAAGUACGUCAACUAUCGCGACAGCAAGCUCACCCGCCUCCUGAAGGACUCCCUGGGGGGAAACAGCCGCACCGUGAUGAUCGCCCACAUCAGCCCAGCAAGCAGCGCCUUCGAGGAGUCCCGGAACACCCUGACCUACGCCGGCCGGGCCAAGAGCAUCAAGACCCGGCUGGCGCUGGAGCAGCGGUGCCGAGAGCUGCGCGCGCGGGGCCGCCGCCUGGAGCAGACGCUGCCGCGGCGCGUCAGCUCGGAGCAGCAGCGCGAGGCGCUCGGCCUGCUCUGCCGCGUGCACGAGCUGGAGCUGAAGAACGCCGAGAUGCAGUCGCAAGCCCUGCUCCGCGACGGCGCGCUCCGCCACCGCCGCGAGGCCCUGCGCCGCCUGGAGCAGCGCCGCAGCCUCUGCGAGGAGAUCAUCCGCGCCCAGCGGCAGCUCAUCCAGGACUGCAACCUGGCUGUGCCGCAGCAUCUGAAGGAGCUGUACGAAGUGUACCUGCGGGAGCAGGAGGAGGGCAACCUGGAGCGUGCCACCAUGAUGGACCGCCUGGCCUCUCGGGCCCUGCAGGACAGCACCUUGCCCAAGCUUAGCCCACCAGGAACCGUGCUGACUCCGGAGGAGUCUGACCUAGACAAGGUCAAGAUACCUAACUCCGAGUCCCCGCACCAGCACGGAAGCUUCCUCCCUCUGCUUGGCACUGAGAGUGAAGCCAAGCACCCAGUCAAGACCAGCUCCUGGGCCUGGCAAGCGAAGGGCUCCUUUAUGCCCACCCCACCCCGAAUCCCGGCCGGCAACCUGGUGAUGCAGGAGGCCGCCACUCAGGUCGGUCUGAUCGGCCAGAUCAACUCCUCCCCUGAAAACAUCGAGAAUCUGUCGGAGAUCCCCUUGUCCCUCAAAGGGAGGAAGGAGACCACAGCCGACACUAAGAGCAUCACCGGGAAGGCUGCCCGGCGCCGUUCACAGGCCCUGGGGGCCGAGGCGCGCCAACUGCUGGCACCCACCAUAAAGCAGAGCAGCCUGUCCCUGCACUUGCUGGGCGAGACUGAUGAUGUGCAGCUGCCCGGACCGCUGGCCUGCAAGCGGCCGCCCAGCCCCACCCUCCAGCACGCCGCCAGCGAGGACAGCCUGUCCAGCAGCACAGGCGAGGCUCCAUCCCGGGCAGUCGAGCGUCAUGGCGAUGGCCCUUGUCCCCCGCUGCAAGGCCAGAAGAAAAGCCCAAGAAAGAAACGAGAGGAGUCCCUGGAGGCAAAGAGGAAGCGGAAGUCCCAGGGCGUUGAAAUCACAGGACAAGGGAUCCCCACACAGCUCCCAGCUCAUCUAGCUCUCCAGCCAAUGAAGCUCUCCCGCCCCAAGAUGCACGUCGCUGGACUCUGUCCUGUGGAGAGUCACACCACAGAAGAGAGGAUGCCAGUGAUUGGGCACCUGACCCCUACCAUCAGGCCACUGGGAAAGGCCACGCUGCCUAUGGCCAAGGUCAAACUUCCUCCGUGCCAGAACUCGGGCCCGGAGGACACCUCCCCUGUCGCUGCCAGCUCCAACCCAGGCGAUGUUUCCGAAAGGGUUGGUCGGAUGCCCCGCCUGACCUAUGGCACAAGCACCCAAGGCAAAAACGGAUGCUUACGGCACAACUGAGGGGCCCUGCCCGGAACCGGCCCUCCUGCCCGCCAAGGCUUGAUGGGGUGUGGCAGCAAAGGGAGACGGAGGCUGGGCAGAUGGGGAUGACCUGGCGUCAGGAGCUCGGGAUCUCAGAAGGCUGGGGCCCCUGGGACCCAGGAACCAUGGGGGUGCCUGCCCCCACACUUCCGUGCCUUCAGUGCCAACGGGAAGGGGAGCUGAGCCCAGGAGGCAUGGCCUGGAUGGCAGGGCUCCCUGGCUUCCCAGCCCUGGAUCCCAGGGCUCUCUGGGCAGAGACUCCUGUUGCCGAAACUCUAUUCUAAGAUCUGCAACCAGAUUGGCCUGAGGAAUGUGGGGCGGGGGUGGAGCAGGGAGGGACUGUUCGUGGGAUUAGGGCUCCUGGGCCCACAUCUGGGACAAGGGCAUGCUGGAUGGUUGGGGAAGGGCCCGACGGGCAUUUCCCUUACUGUGGCUGGGGGCUGGAAAGGAAUCUAGAUUUGUUACUCAGCAGUCGCUUCCACCUUCCCCCUGCCCCCCAACUGCUUGUUAACAAUAAAAAUCCCAUUUGAGUUUU